AUGGCUUCCAGGCGCAUACUAGAACGCUCUCGAUACCACAAUUUUAACACCCCAUACCGAAUCUCUACACAAUUGUUUUCCAGUUCCACACCCCGCUGUGAUAAUGGAGCAGCAGCAGCAGCAGCUUCAUCCGCCGCCGCCGCGCCCCAACCAACAACAUCCCCAAACACGGUCCCGUCAAAACCACACACUGUCGAUCCGCGAUGGCUGACGACGAUAAAAAGACGCAUUGGAAAGUGUUUGAUGUUUGGCUUGCAGCCAGCACAGGUGGAUGUGGCCGGAUCGAUCCUGCAGCAAGUCGCAAGAGACUGGCGGGAGUUGAUUGCUGGAAGUGAGGGGUUUCUGACGGGGGAGAACAGGAGAUCGGUCUUUCGUCAUAGUGUUGUCUGGGGAGAAAUGGAUGUCAUGGCCCACGAUUCGCCUGAUUAUGAUAAUAUAGGACAUGUCAACAAUGUGACCUACCUUCGAUACGCCGAGACUGCACGAGUCAACCUCAUGCGCAACUACGCAAUGCACGUUGAUCCCGCACACAAGACAGAUUGGCUAAAUACAGUAGGCAACAAGGGAACUGGGUUGAUUCUUCAAAGUAUCAAAUUGGACUAUAAAUUUCCUAUGACAUGGCCAGACAAGAUCACGGUUUAUCACAGGCUGACCCAAGAUCCGUCGGCAACCCUUGCAAAAAGCUUCUUUCAGCAGGAGGUCUUGAUCCUGUCCGAGGCCAAACAGCGUCCGGCCGCUCGUUGCCUUGAGCAGAAUGCUUUGUAUGACUACAAGUUGCUGCGCAAAGCCCCGAGCCCGCCGGAAUUCCUUUUGGAGCAGUUCAAGAGAACGUGGGAGCUACAGGAACAGUCUAAGCGAGAAUGGCAGCAGCGAAUCGCCGAUAUUGAAGAUAGGGUGCGCUCUCUAGAAGUAGAAAGUUGGGAUCGGGAGGAUGCCGUUGAGAUGUUCGGGACGGCGAACAAAUCUUAG